AUGAAGUUCGCCGCCAUCCUCUCUUCUGCCGCUGUCGCCGCCGCCGCUGCCAUUGACAAGAGCAGCACCGUUGAGUUCCGCGUCGGCAAGUUCGCCGCCGGCUGCAUCGGCCACAGCACACAGUGCGUCGUCGGCUUCACCGUCUACCAGCCCGGCGAGACCAUCGGCGUCCAGUGCACGACCCGUGUCUCCGCCAUCCCCGGCGCCGGCGGCCCCAACGUUAUCCCCGACAUCAGGGGCGCCGGGUGCUCAAACUCCUCCCGCACCUUCGACUUCGUCCGCGACGACGGUGCCGCUACCCUCACCGUCUCUCAGCAGGUCAGCCGCCUCAGCUUCCGCAACGGCUCCCACGUCCUCCCUAGCACCGACUUCUUCAUCACCAACGAGCCCAACGCCUGGGUCGAGAACUACACCGGCCCCGACUCUUUUGACCUCAAGUAUUGGAACCAAAGAGAAUUGAAGACUUUCAAGCUUCAAUAG